ACGUCUUGCAGAUUGUGGAUGGAGGAGGUGGGCGGAAUAUUGUCCCAAUCUGAGAUAAGUUGUAUUAAAUCAAACUUAUGUUCGUCCUCUAUCAACCUCAUGACCUGUAGAUGGCUGUUGAAAUGUUUCGUAGACUUCUGCUGCUUUCAGUAAAGUACAGUCCAUUUGUGCGCUGUCACAGCAGCGUAGCCAAAAGGGCGCCAUUGUCGUUUCACAACCAACAUCUCCUGGCCAAGAGAGCGCCGUUGUUGUUUCUCCUGGCUAAGCCAUCCUUGUCAACCAGUUGUUCUCUAAUGGCUUCACAUCACACAGAGGAACAAGACGCUGUCCGUCGACUGCUACCUGAACUUUUGACCUCGAAGUCUAAGGAGAAUGUCAAAGGGUCAUCAGGGCAAACCUUGAUGAUGUCCGAAGCUGACAUUCGUCAGGUUUGUUCCCAUUAUCUCCAACUCUCUGAUCCUGCAAAAGUAGAUUUCCUUACAGCCUUAUCGGAGCUGUGUGGCACUAACCACGAGGGCGCCAUCAAAGCUGCUAAGAAGUUGGAGUCUAUUCAGGAUACUGAAGAUGAUGCAGCAUUGUUUGAAUAUGAGAAGAGGUUGACGCAGAGUCUUAUGCCUGGUUAUCGGUUACUCUUUACUCAUAUUGGACGACUUGAAGAUGGAGUCAAAUUCCUUGUGGAUAUAAGAGCUGAUAUUCUUACUCUUCUGCACCAACAAAAGCCGGCAAAUGACCACCACAUGAGGGCGCUAAACACUACUCUAAAGGAGAUGCUUUCCCAUUGGUUCUCGGCUGGUUUAUUGCAGCUACAGAUGAUAACCUGGCAGUCAUCCUGUGAUAUGCUUCAAAAGAUAAGUGAGUACGAAGCAGUGCAUCCUGUAAGAGGGUGGGCCGAUCUUAAGCGUCGAGUCGGACCGUAUCGACGAUGCUUCGUCUACACUCACAGCAGUAUGCCUUUAGAACCUGUGAUGGUAUUACACACUGCACUGACAGACCAUAUACCUUCAAAUGUACAAUCCAUAGUUGGUGAGCGAAAGGGCCAACAAACAACUAAUGCCCCACUGGCAACAGAACAGCCAGAGGAUCCUGAACAUAUCAAGUCAGCAAUCUUUUACUCCAUUUCAUCAACACAAAAGGGAUUAAGGGGUGUUGAUUUAGGUAACUACCUCAUCAAACAAGCUGUACGGACACUCCAAGCUAACUUCCCUUACCUGACUACGUUCUGUACCCUGUCACCGAUACCUGGAUUCACAGGCUGGCUGCUUGCUGAAAUCACAAGGCUUCAGAAAGGUGAGAACACCACACAACUCUUCACUUCUGAGGAGCUACAAAAAGUACACAGUGUCUCUGGCAGAACUGACCAAUCAGAAUUGGCAACAGUUGAGAGAUUAUUGGCAACCAAUCAGUGGACUCAAUCUAAAGAGCUUGUCAGUAUAUUAGAGAAGCCAUUACUGAGACUAUGUGCAAGGUAUCUGUAUGCAGAAAAACACAGGAAAUUUGCUCUGGACUCUGUAGCCAAUUUUCAUCUUCGUAACGGCGCGGUCAUGUGGAGAUUAAACUGGAUGGGCGAUACGUCAGCCAGGGGCAUGACAUCAUCUUGUGGAUUGAUGGUCAACUAUCGUUACUUCUUAGAGAGCACUCUGUCAAACAGCCAGAGUUAUUCUGAGAAUCAGACCAUCGCAGUAACUCAACAAAUACUUGACUUGGUGGAGGAGGAAAGAUCCGUUCAUCGGAAAAGUCAAUUGUGAUGACUCUGAAAUCAGGUUUUUGUUUUCUUGCAAAAGAGGUUGGAAAGUAUUCAUCUUCUGAGAUGAGUAGGACACUUAACCAUAAGCAUCUCCACCCAGGGGUAAAAGGGUACCUGCCAAGGGCACAGAUGUUUUUUGUGAUUGAUGCACUACAUUGAUGCUUAGUGCACUAAAUAUUUGAUUGAUGCUUAGUGCACUACAUAUUUGGCAACUACAUAAUUGGCAGCGCAGGCUGUUUACUCCCCAGGGAGCUGAGUGAUUUGAGGCCCAGUCACCAGGGGCAAUAAUGUUGAAGCGCCAUGAGCAUCACCGCGUGACGGAUUCAAGUGCUAAAGAAGCCACUAUUAUAAUAGUAAAGUUAAUAACGAUCCUCUAUAAGCUGACUUUCUACCUUCCGCCUAGGUAGCAGUUGAAAGCAGGAUAGUUCUUUUCAGAACUGAGAAGCCUCCCAAAAAUUUGAAAAUUUACUCUUCAUUGGAAGAAUACUUGUGUAAACAAGACAGUUCUCUAAAGAACAAACACAUUUCCUUAGUUUUGGUUGUAACAACCGAAAUCGGCUGUAUGUUGGUUUUUGAUUUUUUCUUUUUAGGCUUUCAGAUCUGUUUUCUUAAAUAAUUAUUUCAUUUCAGAGGGAAAUAUUUCUCACACAAAAUUGGUUCUUGUUUGAACUUCAUAACCAGUCAGCUUUCAGACUAUUGUGAAAGGUGACGGUAAACAAUUGGUAAUCACUCUUAAAAUUAAUGGCAACAAAAAAUUGUUUUUUAAAUUUUGUAUCCAAAAUUUUAUUUCAAUUUUACCCUGCUUCCGGAUUGAAUACAAGGUUAAGAUACAAUUUUAAAAAUCAUAAUUCCUGAACCAGGUGCUUGGAGGUAAUAAAAAAUAACUUGUGUCAUAAAGCACAUGGUAAGUCAAGUGGAUGUCAAAGUUUGUGUCUGAUUCAAAUUUAAAAUGUAUAUUUUGUAAUAUAUAAUUAAAUAUACCUAAAUAUGAAUAAGUUCUAUUUGAAUAGACUUUUCGGCUUGCUUGGCCGCCAGUGCAGUAAAUAAAUAAACCAGAAUAUAAAAAUUAAAAAAAUCAGUUU